UUUGGCACAGGGUGGGAGAUUUAGCCCCGUCAAAAGUAGUAUUUCCAAGCUCAGCGAUAGAGUGUUGCAGAGAAAGUUAUGGCUCUCAAUCAAUCUAAUUGAGGAUGGGUCACUGCAGGUUGGAGUUGAAGGCAUUUAACUGGCUCAAAGCUUUGUGGAAAGAAUAUGUGCUCAGCCUUAUCUUCUACAACUGGCUGGGAAGAGAGGAAACCAUUAAAAAAAUGCAAAGAGGUUGUGAAAGAGAAACCAAGCCAUGGGAGGAAACUCCUGGCAGUGUUGGAGGGUGUUUCAGCAGGAAGAGAAGCGGAAUUUGAGAAAAAGACAGCCAUGCUCUCCCAGGCCUGAAGUCAAAACUCUGGUGCCCUGAAAAGAAGACUGCGAGAGAGAGAAAAAGAGAGGUCUGAAAAACUCCUGUUGCUUUCUCCCCACUGAAAGAGAAUACUGACAGGUUUCAGCAUGAUUUAAAACUGAGACACCCCUCACUGCUGGCAGAGGGCUAUUUGGAAAGAUGGCAGCUCCCAAUAAGUUCUAUGAGGAGAUCAGCUGCGAGCGCAUGAAGGACUUCUACUUCAUCGGUCGAGGGGCCUUCGGUGACAUCUACCGGGCUCGGCACCAAGACUGGGGGAUUGAUGUGGCAGUAAAGAUUCUUAGCCGCAGCACUUGCUUCACUCGAGAGGAACUUCUGAACGAAGCUCGGGCCAUGGAUGAAGCACGUUUCCUCUACGUUCUGCGUCUCUUUGGCCUCUUUGUAGACAAACUGCAGCCAGAUGGUCCUAGUCUAGGCCUUGUGAUGGAAUACAUGGAAAACGGUAGCCUAUCAACCCUAAUGGGCCAAGUCAGCUCUAUACCCUGGCCCCUCCGGUUUCGCAUCCUCUAUGAAGUGGCACUGGGAAUGAAUUUCCUGCACAGCCUCAGCCCUCCGUUAUUACAUCUCGACCUCAAACUGAGCAACAUCUUACUGGAUGCAGAUCUGCAUGCCAAGGUGGCUGAUUUUGGACUAUCCAAGUUCAAACGUGGAACAACUCAGCGUGCCAGUCAAGCCUCUGGGGAAAAAGAUGGAUAUGGUGGGACAUUGGAAUACCUGCCACCUGAGGCUUUUGCUGAUCUCAACUAUAGGCCAACACCUGGUACAGAUGUGUACAGUUAUGGGAUCCUCAUGUGGUCAUUGUUAUCAGGCCAAGAACCUUAUUCAAAUCUCCCACCCAGCAAUAUGAGUUCUCUCAUCAGUAGGCUCAUUCCUCAAGGCCAAAGGCCAAGUACAGAAGAUCUGGAGAAGACAGAUAAUGUGCCAAAGCUGGAUGAUGGGAUCAGGCUCAUGAAACGGUGCUGGCAUAAUGAAAAACUCCAAAGGCCUUCCUUUCGAGAUUGCAGCCAUGAAAUGGAGAGUGUAUUUUCCUAUCAUCGAGAGCAGAUAAACACUGCUGUCCGCAAAGUUCAAGAUAUUUUGGUGCAGAGGAAGAGUUCUCCUUUAAAGGAAAACUCAUCCCCCUCAUAUACAACCUUCAAGAGAGCCAGUGCAGCUCCUCCGAGAUUGGAGAAGGUAGAAAACCAGCAAAUGGUCACCGCAUCCUCUGAAUUAGAAGACCGUUUCAAAACUUGGCGGUUUGAAGACUCUCCAUCCAAACAAAAUGAGGCUGUGCCCCCAGAGUUUUUUCCCAAAACAAACGUUCAAGAGAAAUCUUCACCACCAAUUACUCUUCAGCGUAGUCAAAGUGCAUACAUCGAAAACGGAACCGAGAAGGCAUGUAAUGAAGAGUUUCAGCAGUCAGAGGUGAAAAUCCGGAAUCGGCUUAAGCCCACAGAUGGCAAACCACGUCGUCCCUAUUCAGACACUUACGUCUUUCCACCAUUCCCGCACUAUCCCCCUGGAUACCUGCCCUAUCCACAGUAUUUCUAUGGGCCUCACCACCAAAGGGAUUUUGGCUUGACAGCCCCGGAUCACUCCCUCCUGCCACAGUUCGGCCAUAGGGCUUCACGUGGUGGCAUCCAUAUCCAUGGACAUGACAUCUCAGGAGUCCAAUUUGGAGACAAUAAUUAUAUGCAUGUUGUACAGACUGUUGAGAAGAAACCUGGGAAAAAGCAAUAACCAACAUCUGCAGAGUGUGGAUGGAUUUUCUUUUUUUAAUGGACAAUUCCCUUUCUUUGGCUUGGGUGGACAUUUGGUCCAAAUACAAAUGUUUUGGACUUCAUCUCCUAGAAGCCUUGGCCAUCAUGGUCAAAGGUCAGGGAAACUAGGAGCUGCGAGUGGACAUGCAGAAGCAUUCCAAAGCUUUGCAUUAAUUAAAUAUGUCCAUGUACCUAUGUAUUUGAGACUGAUAUGCACAGAAGGGUCUCUUUUUAAGAAUCCAGGCAUCUGAAUAACGUUAACAUGGCUUUCUGAUACAUAACCAGCUGAAUGGAUCAUAAGUAAUGCCCCACUGGCCAUUGAUCAAGUGAUGCCCUAGGAAGCAAGAAUGUGUGGCAAAUGUAUGGUGGGUUUCAGUCCAUACAUUAAAAAACUGCUAUCCACAGGGCACAAAUUUUACCCCCCUUAAAAAACAUAAAAUUCAGAACCUUAGAUAGCUCCUUUUCAAAUACAUACUUAAAUCCCACACAGAUUCGCUGAAACGGAAAAUACAGGCUGCGCACUGCUUCUGUGUAAACAAGAAAGGAAAGAUGGGACCUUUACCUGCUGGUUAACAUCAUUAACCCACAUAGCAUGCAGUUUCACCUUCAACUGCCUGCCAAAUGAAGUGUGAACCUGUGGAGUGCGCAUGAAGUAUUGGUAGGUAUAAGAGGGCUUGUACCUGGCUGCUGUCAUAUCCCCUCCAGGGGUCUUAGGUUGGACCCUGUGAGCAAAAGGCUCUGUUCAUAGGAGGGACAUCUGGCUAGUUUUCUGGAACUCGCACACACAUCAAUGUUCACCUUAUUUGGUAAAGUUCCUCAAAUUUCUGUGUAACAUUGAAGGAGGCUGGAGGGGAGCAUGGAAAUGAUGGUGCCAGGGGAUGUCCACUCCUUUGUCAGGAGAGCCCUAUAACAGUUCUCAGAUUUCAUGCCUCCUCUUCUCUGGUUCUCAGGGUGAGAUUGAGGUGCUACCUUGGAAAAUGUGAAGAAUAUACAUAUGUGUGUGUGUUGUGUGCCUUCAAGUCAUUUCUGACUUAUGGUGAUCUUGCUACGAAAUCUUGCUACAAAACUCCCAUGAUAAAUUCUCCUUAGAGUCAAAAGAGAACCUAUCAUUGGUGGUUUUGUAGCAAGAUUUGUUCAGAGGAGGUUUACCAUUGCCUUCCUCUGAAGCUGAGAGCAUGUGACUUGCCCAAGGCUAACUAGUGGGUUUCAUGACUGAGCUGAGAAUUGAAUCCAUGGUG